AUGGGCCUGGGCGACGACGACUUUGACAAGAUGCUGGCCGAGUUCGAGGACUUCGUCGAGAACCCGGCCGACAAGGCGGACGCCAAGAAGAAGCGCCGGAGGGCCGAUGAGCCGGCCAGACCGGACGACGAGAGGAGGCGGCGCGACGAGGCCAGGAGACCGGAGGAGGAGCGCAGGACGGGAGGACGGGAGGACGAGAAGAGGCGGUCGGAAGAGAGGCGGAGGCAGGAGGAAGAGAGGAAGCAGCAGGAAGAGGCGAGGCUGCGGCGCGAGGCCGACCUGAAGCGCAAGGAAGAAGAGGAGGCCAAGAGGCAAGCCGAGUUCGAGGAACGGCUGAAAAGGCUGCCCAGCCCGGACCGCGAGCGGGUGAUGCGCCGCCGCCAGAAGUUCGAGCGCAACCGGCCGGUGGUGGGCCAGCCCAAGACGAUCCGGCUGCGGGGCCCGUCCGUCGAGCCGGCCCCUCCGGCGGCGCAGCGACGCUCUGAGAGCCCUCCACCUGCCGACGCCGACGCGCUUGAGCUCAGCGUUGACGAGGAGCUGCUGUCGCUGCGUCGCCCGCAGUCGGUCCGCUGUCGUCUUGCGGAUGAUCUUGUUUGCAAUGGCAGUAGCGGCGGCCGCCCCGCCUCGUCCGUGUUCUCCCGGCUGGGUGGCGGCAAGUCAGCGUCAGGAGCGGCGGCAGUGGCCAAGUCGACCGACUCUGGUGUCAGCCGCCGCAAGCUGCGCCUCAAGCGACACUCACGAGAUGGCGGCACUGCUGGCGGCGGAGGUGAGCUGCCCAGCGAGCUGCCAAUCAGCUAUUGA